UCUAACACCCCCUUAACUAGAAAUAUGAACCAGACCAAAAAAAUAAAUAAAACCUUCUCUUCUUCAUUAUAUUCCCUCAUUUUUCUUUGUCCUUGUUAAAAAAAGUAAAAAGGAAAAAAAAGAAAAAAAACGAAAACUUCUUCCCUCCCCACAUGGAAAAAGAGUUGGAUCAUCAAAAAGAACUUCAACUUCUGCCACCCCCACCUCCUCCUCAUCCCGCUCCUUCAUCCUCCUCACGUGCUCUCCCUUGGUUCCAUCACAACCGUACUAGAUCUCGGCCGCCGUUGUAUCGGCCGCCUUACUCCAUCGACAACGGUGGUGACGAUAAUGAUAAUCUCCAUCAUCAUCAUCAUCAUGGACAUGGUGGCGGGGGUAUGGGUGGGAGUGGGCCUUCCCUAGACUUGAAACUCUCCAUAAGCCUUGAGCCGGCCGAGGCGGGUGAUUUCGGCUGCAUCGAGGGGCUAAAGUGGCAGGCAGCCGAGCAAAUACGGCUGGCCGCCAUUGAGAAGGCGUACGCGGAGCGAGUUAGGGAGUUGACUCGGAGAGAGAUUGAGUUGGCUCACUCCGAGUUCGCUCGAGCUCGGGCCUUGUGGGAUAAGGCUAGGGAAGAGGUUGUUAAGGCGGAAAGGCUUAGGGAUACGGCUACAGCUUGCAUGGGCGAGAUCACUUGCCACUCCUGCAGGCAAAGUCCUCCAAGCUUUUACGAGAUGGGUUAAGAUGAUGAAUGCAAUCUUUUUACAAGAGGUGCUUGUUUAGCUUUUAAAAGUUUCAAGCCAUGAUCAACGACAAUAGUUUGGCAACACAUGUUGACUCAAUAAUAUGAUGAUUACUUCUCCAUUUGAAAUUGUUGCCUUGAUUCCCCAUGCAAAAGAUCAUGUCUUGCAUAUUUUUGCUACUUCUAAUCUUCCGUUUAUUUUAACAAAAACUAGUACUACGUAUCCAAAAGAUUUAUCCUAUUUUACAAUUGUAUAUUUUCCGUUAAAAUAAGAGCAGCCGAAAACCAACAUAGAGUUGGCUCAAGUGGUAAGCAGCUUGAUGCCGCUUAAGGGAGGUCUCGGGUUCGAGCCUCGCCGUAUGCAGAAACUCUUGUUGGGAGACUCACCCACCACAAGCAAGGUGUGCGACCCGGGUCGGAUCCGGAUGUAGUCGGAGCUAAGCUCCGGUGAACCGGAUGUGCUAUGCGUAAAAAAAAAAAAAAAAAGCAGCCGAAGUGUUUAUUAGAACGGUUUUUUCAUGAAAUGCCCCUGAGGUUUGCAAUAAUGCACCAAAUACCCCUGCGCGUUUCAAAAUUCAUAGAAUACCCCUAUAAUUC